AUGACUACAUUUAACAAAGUCGUUGGUCUCGCUCUGUUCUUGGCGAUCUGCCUCAUUGCUUCAUCUGACGCAAUACCCAUAUAUAUUUCCUAUCCAAUGCCCAAUCCAUAUUAUCCAUAUUGGCCUUACGUAAACACUUACCAAACCAAUAAUCAAUACGCGAACGCUAAUGGUGGUGACGGUACUGGUAUCGGUGGAACUGGUAUCUCCAAUGGUAAUGGUAUUGUCGUUGAUAGUGUUGGUGCAGGUGGAGAUGGUGUAGGUAUUGGUGGAAAUGGUGGUAACAUUGGACAGUAUGCAAUAAAUUGGAGCUGGAAAUAA